AUGGGACGCAGACCCCGCGCAGCGGCUCAAGCCGCAGCAGCAUCCAUUAGAACACCAACGCCCCUCAUUGCCGACGCCUCUGAUGAAGAAGUGGUUGAUGUGCCUGAAGAAGGCGCUUCGUCCGCUGUUGAGGAAGAAGACCUCGGCACCCCAGCCCAGAACUCCGAACCUGUUUCUGAACCAUCCACACCCGCGCCAAUACAACCCAUCAUACCUAGGAAACGACGUGCUGGACGACCUCCGAAGAAUCGACCUGCUGACUGGGAUAAUAUCGACGAGACUGCCAAUGAACCUGGGUCGGAAGUAGGAACACCAAUAAAGCGCCGUCGCGGCCGCCCCCCAACCGGCGGAGGCAGGUGGAAGCAAAAGGGCGGCCCUUCACACGUAACCCAAGUCCCCAUCGACAAGGAAGGAAACAUGAUGGACGUCAUCGACGAUGAAGUUGCGCUGCCAGAGGAUCCUGAAGGAGAGACAAAGGUGGACAAAAUGGGUCACUUACUUGGAGGGAGAGAAUAUCGUGUCCGCACUUUCACUAUUCUUGGACGAGGCGAGCGACUCUACAUGCUUUCGACUGAACCGGCAAGAUGUAUAGGGUUCAGGGACAGUUAUUUGUUUUUCCAGAAACACAAGCAGCUCUAUAAAAUCAUUAUCGAUGAAGCCGCCAAGCGGGAUCUUAUCGAAAGAGAAAUCAUCCCUCAUUCCUACAAAGGCCGUGCCAUUGGUGUCGUCACCGCUCGUUCUGUCUUUAGGGAAUUUGGAGCCCGCAUCAUCAUCGGCGGUAAGCGGGUCAUCGAUGACUAUCAGGCUGCUGCUGCCCGCGCGAAUGGGGAAGUAGAAGGGGAACUCGCUGAUCCCAAUGACAAACUACCUGCUCCAGGAGAACAGUAUGAUCGUAAUAGAUAUGUUGCUUGGCAUGGCGCAAGCAGCGUUUACCACACUGGCGUUCCGAGCAUCCCGAUCACCAAUGGCAAAAUCCUAGACACCAAGAAACGGAAAGUAAUUGUUACUGGGCAUAACUGGAUGUUUGAGCAUGCUCAGGAAGCUAGCCGCUUUAACACGACACUUCUGGCUGGUCGUCGACAGACCUUGGAUGGUGUUUAUGACCCCCACACGAAUCUGAUGCACUACCCCGCUAUGAUGCAGCCUACUCAUGCCCGUUGGGAGCCAAUUCCGCCCUCUCUGGCCGAUGGCGACUCCCAUGAACAUGACAACUUUUCUCAAGAAAUCAAUGGUACUGAGCACCUUGUGAACGGUACUGGGGCUCCAAAGGCCUCUGUUAAGCAUAUGGCUGGCCAACAUUCCAUUUUCACGCCCGUGUCGCCAGUUCAUUCCCGCAACUAUCUGAUCACCGAUACAUACUUUGAAUCACCGCCUAUUUCUGGUCUAGGACUUCCCGGCCCCGAUGGUGAUUGCGCCGACCUUGAUCCUAAGAGUCUCCUCGACGUGGACGAAGAUGUGUGGCGUGAACUUCCCUCCGACUGUCUGGAGGCUUUCAUGAAAGCAAGACAGGAGCAGCUCAACUGGAAGACCACAUGGGACACUGAGCACAAGGAUGGCGCAAGAUCGAAACUUCGGAUCCAUUAUUAG